UUAACCUUUAUGGUACACAAGUCAUAACUAAUCUGUUUGAUCCUUCACCAACCAUUAGAAAAAGCAUCAAUAUCAAACAAACGUGACACUCUCUCAAUCAAAAUAACGCUCCUAGUAAUAGUCUUUACUACUUAAAGCAGAAAACACAGUCCCUAUAGUAUUCUACCACAACAUAUGUAUGGAGAAACAAAAACUCUCCCAAGAAGAAAAGAAAGAGUCAAAUAAUUACAGUAACAAAACUGUAUGGGAUUGUGGGAGCACUCUCUAUGAUUCCUUCGAGCUCAAUUCCUUCAAACACCAACUUGACUCAGCCAUAAAUAGAAGAACACUUUCCAUGUCUCAUUUACCAGAACGUCGAGUCACAGUUCUUCAGAAAUCAUCAUCAUCUUCUUAUUCUUCUUCGGUUACCUCAAGGAAGCCGUACAAGAUCUCUCGCUCUUUUCGGAAAUUUAUUCGUUCCGUUUUCAAGUCAAGCAAUGAUAAAUCCAACGUUUCUUCAAGCAGCAAUAGUUUCAAAGUGCAAGAAAAAUACUCUAAUGAGCGUUUCUACGUGGUUUAUGAUAAAUCUGGAUCGGUUCUUUCUACUAUCCCAGAAGCUCCUGAAUUUGAGAUUGGUUCUCUUUCGCCGGAAAUCUCUUCUUUGGUUAAAAGAUCUGCUUCGGAGAGGUUCACGACAAUUGGUAUUGCGUGUGCUUAGAUUUAGGGUUUUACUAAUGUUGUUGUUAGUAGUUAAUUAGAGAUGAUUAAAUUAUUAUUGUAUGUUAGUUAAUCUUAUUGGCGUUUUAAUUAACUCAUUAAUUUAGAACAUUAUAUGUUUGUUAGCGUUUGUGUAACAAGAUUUGGGUUUUAAAUAUAUUAUUUAGGUUUUAAAUAUA